AUGAUCUCGGCGCUCGUUGUCUAUGGCAUCUUAGCCUUGGUAGUAUGGACAUUCCACGGCCUGGUCUCGCAUUAUGUGGCGGCGCGAAAGAUCGGCCUGCCCAUCAUUGUGACUCCCAUUGACGCGCUCAACCCGCUGUGGGUGCUCGGGAGACCCGUCCUCGCUCCUCUCAUCCAGAAGCUGCCGUUCGGCCUGGGUGAAUUCGUUCGGUACAGCUAUCUCGGCUGGCCGUGGGAGUACCGAUACCGCAUGCACGCGCGGUACGGGGCCGCCUUCACCGUCGUCACCCCGGCAGAGUGUCAGGUGGUGGUGGGCGACGUCGACGCCGCGGCGGAGGUGCUGAACCGGUGGAGAGAUUUCAUCAAGAGUCCCGCGACCGCCGCGCCGUUCGCCAUCUUUGGCCCCUCGGUAAUCAGCAGCGACGGGGAGACGUGGCAGCGCCAACGGCGGAUCACGACACCGCCGUUCAACGAGCGGAACAGCGCGUUGGUGUGGAGGGAGGCAGCGCGACAAGCGAGGGAUAUGCUGGCGGGGUGGACGAUGACGACGACGACGCCGGGGACGCUUCGGGACGACGCCAACUCGCUCGCGCUCAACGUGCUCAGCGGCGCCGGGUUCGGCAAACCGCAGCCCUUCGACAGCCGGUACCGCACGCCCGAGGCGGGCUACGAGUUCUCAUUCCUUGAGACCAUCCACACGCUCAUGGACAAUCUCUUCGCUACUAUCGUCUUGGCGUCGGCCACCCGCGCCCCGGUCUGGCUGCUCCCGCGGCGCUUUCGGCGGGUUCGCACCGCGCUCGUCGAGUGUCGCCGGUACCUGGUCGCCAUGGUCAAAGCCGAGCGAGAGGCAUACGACGCAGGAGGCAGCCAGGAAGGCGGCAAUAGCAAUAACAACCUGAUGAGCACGCUCGUCCGGGUGUCGGAGCAGGCGAAGAAGGAGCUCCACGGGGUGGACAACAAUACGGAUCACAAGACCCGUGGCAGACAGUGGCUCUCGGACGACGAGAUCUACGGCAACCUGUUCCUCUAUAACCUGGCCGGACACGAGACGACAGCCAACGCCCUCACCUACGGCAUUGCCUUGUUGGCCGCGCAUCCGGAGUUGCAGGACUGGAUCGGCGAGGAGAUUCAGCGUGUGAUGGGGGAUGAGCAUGACGGGGAGGACGAGGGGAAGGGAGAUGGUAGAGACGAUGAUGAUGGAAUGAUGGGCCCGUACGAACAGGCGUUCCCCAGGUUGAAGCGAUGCCUGGCCAUCAUGCACGAGACGCUGAGGCUGUACUCGCCGCUCAACGGCGUCCCGCGCUGGACGGGGAAUUCGUCGCAGGUGCUCCGGAUCGGCGGUGGCAGGACGGUGGUGUUGCCGCCCCGGACGACGGUGCUGGCCAACAACGCCGCGACGCAGACGGAUCCCAAGCUCUGGGGCGACGACGCUCACGUCUGGCGCCCUUCGCGUUGGAUCUCUUCAGAGAAGGAAGGAGAAGAAUCACUCCUGCCUGGUCCGCGUGACGGGGCCGCGUUCCUCACCUGGUCGCACGGCCCUCGCGUCUGCCCGGGUAAGAAGUUCUCGCAGGUCGAAUUCGUGGCGGUGGUGGCGCAGUUGUUCCGGAAUCAUCGCGUCGACCCGGUGCUGGAGGUGGGCGAAGAUAUGCUCGAUGCGAGACGCAGGAUUGAGCGUGUCGUCGAGGACUCGCAUGUGGGAUUGACCGUGACAAUGCGACACCCGGAGCGCAUCAGGUUGAAGUGGUCGCCCAAGGGGGAGAAGAAGAAGUAG